AUGCAGCUUUGUUGGGCUCCGCCUUCACAAUGUCUUCUUUCGGUGCGACAACUUCACUCUACCUUCGUGUGGAAUUAUCACCACCCUCGGAAUGCUUACUCUCUAGGCCCCGGAACUUAUUCUUGGUUGAUCAGUCUUGAGCCAAGAUCCACCCAAUAUCUAUCUAACAAGUCUUGGUUUGCCAGUCUUGAACCAAGACCCAGCCAAUAUUUAAUUGACAAGUCUUGGUUUGCCAGAGUCUUGAGCCAAGAUUCACCCAAUAUCUAUCUGACAAGUCUUGGUUUGCCAGUCUUGAACCAAGACCCAGCCAAUAUCUAUCUAACAAGUCUUGGUUUACUACUCUUGGACCAAGAUAUAGCCAAUGUCUAUGUAACAAGUCUUGGUUUGCUAGUUUUGAACCAAGACCUAGCUAAUGUCUAUGUAAUGAGUCUGGGUUUGCCAGCCUUGGUUCAAGAGUUAACCAAUAUUUAA